AUGCACGCACGAGGCCUGGACAACCUCCCCGACAACCGCACCUCGACGGGACACGACCCCGCCCUCCGGCGCGAAGCCAAGAACACCCCGACGGAAGAAGGCAUCACGGCCCCCAAAACGCCACUGCCGCGCCAGCCACGAUGGACGGCCGACGACGAGAGAGCCCUGGAUCGAGCUUUCCAGCGAGCAGAGGCACCGGAGAGAAGCUACACCCCAAAGGCGCACAACACCUCCCCCGGCAAGCGUCUAGUCCCACUGUGUGCACAGGCCGACAGAGCCGCCGAGGCAACACCGCCAAGAAACGCAGCCGUGGAAGCGGCAAAGCUCGCAAGGAAUGCCGCUGAACCAUCUCACGAAGGACCGGCCGCGCGACGAGGGGGGGCCGAGACGGACUCCGACCACGACACGGAGCCCGGACCCAGCGUCGAGGCCGGCGUUUUCCCUCGAGCAUCCACUGUCAAGAGCGCUCUUUAG